AUGUACUGCACGUACUCCGCGGUGGUUGGCGAUGCUUCUGCUCUCGCUUAUUACCCGGACCAAGCGAGAAUUUCCGCCAACCCACGCCAGUUGAACACGGGGGAGAAGAUUGAGGAAGCAAGAGUAUCAAGAGCCAUCAAGAUUGACAUCAAGGACGCCUCGGAGAGGGCUUACACCCCGGGACUAUCGCCACUUGCAGGGGCGGUGUCGAAGAUUAGUCCAUCUGCCCAGAAAGUCGCUAACAAGUUGUGGCUCAAGUCACAGACGGACCCGACCCUCGUAUUCAACAUGUUGCACCUUGGAGAGGCCAGCGUGAAGCUCGAUGAGAACCCACGAUUUCUGUUGUGGCUCAAUUACGUGGAUACGGGGCAAGACAAGCUGAAAGACAACUCCAAGUUUCUGCAGUGGUUCCAAUACUCCAAGACGUACUGGUCGACUGUCUCGCGUGAUCCGUCCGACUUGCAAACAUUCAACUCCUUGCUGAACAAGUAUAAAUAUUCGGAGAUCGAGCUCGUGCGGCUUUUUCAAGCGUUAAAACAGCGUCCGGAGCUAGCAACCCUUGGAGAUAACUUGCCGACUUUCCUGUUCAAGAAAUGGCUAGACAAAAAGUUCACUCCCAGAUAUGUCGGGAAACAGUUGGCGUUGCCAUGGGGAACAACAAUUUUCGCCUUAGAGAAGGAUCACAUAUUUUACAGAGCGCUGGAAGAGUACACGAUCUACUAUACUGCAAGGCGGGGUGGAGAGGAACUUCUGAAGACAGUGCGAGGUUUGUUUGCCAGCAACAAGCCCGAUGAAGCUCUCGACGCAGCUAUGAAGCUUGCUAGGUAG